AUGCCUCCAACCCAACAAGAACUCUCCCUCCUCAUAAACCCUCUCGUUCCCGACUCUGUCAUGCAUAACAGCCGCACCCUCUCAAACCUCCAUUCCCUAACCGCAUUCCUCCUCGGUAUCUGCGCUGGCAUCCUCGGCCUUCAAUCGUCGUACGGUUUCAUUUUCUAUCUCGUCGGCACAAUACUCGUCUCCUUCCUAUUCCAUGCCGUUUUGAUCGGGUUCGGAAACAAUAGAAUGGGAAUUGGCGCAUACUUUCCCGGCACAGGGGAGAUUGUUACAGAGAAGGUGGAUGGGGCUUCGAGUGUGACGAAACGAAACAACCAGAGUCGAAAGGGUGCUUGGAGGGACCUUUGGUUUGGCGGUGGGGUUAUGGGAGAGGCGCUUAGUGGCUUUGUGCUGGGAUGGGCUGGGGUUGGGGGUGUGUUGAGGUAG